GUCCUUUACAGCAUGGCAGCUCAGCAUACUUUUCGAGACUAUCUGCGGCUCUUCAAUCACUGGUGGUGGGUUAAGACAACGUUUGACCUACGAUGGACCCUUUGGGGCCCAUAGCAGUCGCGCAGCCUUGCCCCUAUUUUCUGUUUAACCCUAUAUUGCCCUAUGUAGGUGGCUACCAAUGUUGCAUUACAGCUAUCCGCCGGGCGAUAUACCUCGAAAUCUACAAUCCAGAUCAAUUUUUGGAACGGCGAUUUUACUGCGAAAGGGUUAUUCACCAUAGCAUCCUUUACGGCCGAAACCUCGUGCGUAGUAUUCGUGCUUAUAUCUUGCGAAGUAUUCAUGCAGUACGAACAAAAACAUCUCAAAACCUGACUGCAAUACAACGCUGGCAAAUCACUAUAAUAUACCCUCAUCGUAUGCGAUACCAGCGAGGCCCUCUCUUACCGUUCGACGUCGCUGCAACUCCCACAAAACCGCUAGGCCUGCGUGCACUGUGUUCAAUGAGACAGGCUGAACCUGGACCCCGCUGGGCCGCAUCUCAAUCCACACGCUGCAUCACUGCCCACAACCAACACGUUCCCCGAAAUCACCACCCGCCACUGGCCGGGACGGGAGCAUGCCCCCAACAGGAACUGGGUCACCAGGCGCGUCCGAGGCACUUGGAGCAAUGCCCGCGAAAGGGCUGUGGGAAGCGGAUGCUGACACAUUCACGCCGGGUUGAGGAUCGCCAGGCUGAUCGACAGAACUCUGCGCGAUUGCUGCGAAGGGGCUCUUUGGGUUCAAGCCGAAACGCGCAAAGCUGGCGGGGAUCUGUUGUGGCAUCCCUGUGGUGGUGGCCUUGUUAGGAGAUGUCUGCGUGACCUGCACACUGGAAUUAUUUGUUUGUCGGUUCUCGCCUGACAUGCGCCGUGGAGUAAGUUACUUGAGAGAUAGAUUUGGUGUUACGCUAGAAUGGAAGAAACAGAGGGCUGAUUGAGAUCGAUGAAGGGAGAUAGUAAGAGUAUGUCUUUGGGGCGUGGCACUGGGAGUGGGUUAUACAUAGAAAUCAGGUGGUUAUGAUCGAGUAGACUCAGGAACGUUGAAGACAGUUGAUGUCAUCUUUCGCGAUAUUUGAGGCAAC